GUAUCAAAAAAGCAAAAAAGAAAAACAAACCGAGAGACCAAAAAGAGGACAUAAUUAUUUUCCAUUGAAGAUCGAAGCUCAGAUGAGAGCUUCUCCAAACAAAUCCAAGCACCUGGUUCAAGGAGAAAACAAAUCCAAGCAACAAUCUUUUCACCAAAACCUUUGAAAAUGUCGUCAAAGAAACAAGCCAUUUUCAUAUCUUCCCUCGUAAUCCUCUGGUACUCAUCAAACAUUGGUGUUCUUCUACUCAACAAGUUCUUGCUCUCAAACUAUGGCUUCAGAUUCCCAAUCUUCCUCACAAUGUGCCACAUGGCUGCCUGCGCCAUUCUCAGCUACAUCUCCAUUGUUUUCCUCAAGAUUGUGCCUUUGCAGACCCUCAAAUCUAAGUCCCAGUUCGUCAAGAUUGCAACUUUGAGCAUUGUCUUUUGUGGGUCUGUUGUGGGUGGCAAUAUUUCACUCAGAUACCUUGCGGUGUCGUUUAAUCAGGCUGUCGGUGCAACGACACCGUUUUUCACUGCCCUUUUUGCGUAUUUGGCGACCCUUAAGAGGGAGGCUUGGGUCACCUAUGCUGCUCUUGUGCCUGUUGUUACUGGAGUGGUGAUUGCUAGUGGGGUAUGCUUAUCUUGUUCGUUGGAUCAUUUAUUUUAAUCAGCAUUUCA